AUGUCUGCUACCAUUGAAGAGAUCGCCGACGACGUUCAGGACCUCAAUGUCCACGACGUCGAAUCCGAUGACGCCGGUGCCGAUGUCCACGCCUCCGACAAGGUGUCUUCGCGCGCCGAGCGCAAGUCUCGCAAGGCCCUCCAGGGUCUCGGUCUCAAGAAGGUCGGCGGUAUCACCCGUGUUACCAUGCGCCGCCCCCGUGGUCACCUCUACGUGAUCGCCCAGCCCGAAGUUUACAAGUCGUCGCACUCGGACGUCUACAUCGUGUUCGGCGAGGCCAAGACUGAGGACAUGUCGCAGCUCGCCCAGGCUCAGGCUGCCCAGCAGAUGGCUCAGGCCGAGGCUCAGGAGCGCCUGCUCGCCGAGUCGCUCCAGAACUCGGGUGCCGGUGCCGGUGCCGAGAAGAAGGUCGAGGAAGAGGAGGAGGACGACGACUCGCCCAUCGACGAGGAGGGUGUCGACGCCAAGGACAUUGACCUCGUCAUGCAGCAGGUCAGCUGCUCGCGAAGGAAGGCCGUCAAGGCCCUCAAGGAGUCCAACGGUGACUUGAUCAACGCCAUCAUGAACGCCAGCUAA